AUGCCGAAUUAUGUCAAGUUCUUAAAGGAUAUCUUGACAAAGAAAAGGCGAUUGGGGGAGUUUGAGACUGUAGCUCUCUCAGAAGGAUGUAGCGCGAUGUUGAAAAGCAAGAUCCCUCCUAAGUUAAAAGAUCCUGGCAGUUUCACGAUUCCGUGUUCUAUUGGAGGUAGAGAUGUUGGAAGAGCAUUAUGCGAUUUGGGCACUAGCAUCAACCUUAUGCCUAUGUCAAUCUUUAAAAAGUUGGGUAUUGGUGAAGCAAGACCCACGACCGUUACAUUACAGCUUGCCGACAGAUCCAUGGCUCAUCCCGAGGGCAAAAUCGAGGAUGUUCUAGUCCAAUUUGAUAAGUUUAUCUUUCCGGCCGACUUCAUCAUUCUAGACUACGAAGCGGAUAGAGAAGUGCCUAUAAUAUUGGGUCGGCCCUUUCUUGCUACAGGGCGUACUCUCAUUGAUGUACAGAACGGAGAACUUACUAUGCGGGUGAAUGACCAGCAAGUCACUUUUAGUGUAUUCAAAGCCAUGAAGUUUCCGGAUGAAGUUGAAGAAUGCUCUAGAGUUGAUGUUAUUGACACUUUAGUGGCUGAAAUAAUCAGUAGAAGUGUGGAAAAAGCUGCUAUGGGUACCCAGAUUUUUGUAGAUGAGGAGGAUUAUAGUAGUGAGGAAGAGCAGAUUAUUACAUGGGUGGAUUCUUAUCAACCAGUAAAGAAAUUCAAUAAAGUCUUUGAAGCUCUAAAUCUGCCAGAAAAGCACUUCCAGCCACCCAAACCAUCUGUUGAAGAGCCACCCCAGCUGGAGUUAAAGCCACUGCCUAGUCAUUUAAAGUAUGUGUACUUGGGCGACAAUGAUACUUUGCCUGUAAUAAUUUCAAGCUGUCUGGAGUCUGUUGCUGAGGAGUCAUUGCUGAGAUUAUUGAAGCAGCAUAAAAGGGCAAUUGGAUGGACAAUGGCUGAUAUUCAAGGGAUUAGUCCAACAUUGUGUAUGCACAAGAUCUUGCUGGAAGCUGAUUGUACUCACUCUAUGGAGUAG